ACAACCUACAAAAGCUACACAAACUUUCCUGAAGGCAGAAGCCUCCUACACACACCCAGGAAACAUGUAGGACUUCUGCAGAGUUUGGAUGCAAAUUCCAUAGAUACUUUCCUGGGAAUUGAAUGGAAGAAUUCUAUGUGUACUCCAUCAAUUUGGUGCCUCCCACAAAGUGUAAAAGUGGCUGCUAGGGAGUCAGCUCGAAAAAAGAAAGGUGGUUGUUCAUUUGAUGAGCACUACAGUAAUUGUGGGUACAGCGUCGCCUUGGGAACCAAUGGAUUUACCUGGGAGCAGAUCAAUACCUGGGAAAAGCCAACAAUGGAUCCUGCUGUCCCAACUGGCUCCUUCAUGAUGGUGAACAGCUCUGGGCGAGCAUCAGGGCAGAAAGCUCACCUGCUGCUGCCCACGCUGAAGGAGAACGACACCCACUGCAUCGACUUCCACUAUUACCUGUCCAGCCGGGACCGCUCCAGCCCCGGCUCCCUCAACGUCUACGUCAAGGUCAACGGGGGCCCCCAGGGCAACCCCAUCUGGAACGUGUCAGGGGUGGUGACCGAGGGCUGGGUGAAGGCAGAGCUGGCCAUCAGCACCUUCUGGCCACAUUUUUAUCAGGUGAUAUUUGAAUCUGUCUCUUUGAAAGGACACCCUGGGUACAUAGCUGUGGACGAAGUCAGAGUUCUCGCCCACCCCUGCAGAAAAGCCCCGCAUUUCCUGCGGCUGCAGAACGUGGAGGUGAACGUGGGGCAGAACGCCACCUUCCAGUGCAUCGCCGGCGGGAAGUGGUCACAGCACGACAAGCUCUGGCUCCAGCAGUGGAAUGGGAGGGACACAGCCCUGAUGGUCACUCGAGUGGUCAACCACAGGCGUUUCUCAGCCACGGUCAGCGUGGCCGACACGUCCCAGCGCAGCAUCAGCAAGUACCGCUGUGUCAUCCGCUCCGACGGCGGCUCCGGCGUCUCCAACUACGCCGAGCUCAUCGUCAAAGAGCCUCCCACCCCGAUCGCCCCUCCGGAGCUGCUGGCCGUGGGAGCCACGUACCUGUGGAUCAAACCCAACGCCAACUCCAUCAUCGGGGACGGGCCCAUCAUCCUCAAGGAGGUGGAGUACAGGACCACCACGGGCAACUGGGCAGAGACUCACAUCGUGGACUCUCCCAACUACAAACUGUGGCACCUGGACCCCGACGUGGAGUACGAGAUCCGAGUGCUGCUGACGCGCCCUGGGGAGGGGGGCACGGGACCCCCCGGGCCCCCGCUCACCACCAGGACCAAGUGUGCAGACCCCGUGCACGGGCCGCAGAACGUGGAGGUGGUCGACAUCCGCUCGCGGCAGCUGACGCUGCAGUGGGAGCCCUUCGGCUACGCCGUGACGCGCUGCCACAGCUACAACCUCACCGUGCACUACCAGUACGUCUUCAACCAGCAGAAAUUCGAGGCAGAGGAGCUCAUCCAAACUUCCUCCCACUACACCCUGCGAGGGCUCCGGCCCUUCAUGACCAUCAGGCUGAGGUUGGCCCUCUCCAACCCCGAGGGCAAGAUGGAAAGCGAGGAGCUGGUGGUGCAGACCGAGGAGGAUGUUCCUGGACCCGUUCCCUUGGAAUCCAUCCAAGGAGGACCUUUUGAGGAGAAGAUCUACGUUCAGUGGAAGCCUCCAAAUGAGACAAAUGGCAUCAUUACACUCUAUGAGAUCACCUACAAGGCCGUGGGGUCCCUGGAUCCCAGUGCCGACCUGUCCAGCCAAAGAGGAAAAGUCUUCAAGCUGCGGAAUGAAACCCAUCACCUUUUUGUGGGAUUGUACCCUGGCACCACCUACUCAUUCACCAUCAAAGCCAGCACAGUCAAGGGCUUUGGGCCACCCAUCACCACCCGGAUUGCAACUAAGAUUUCAGCUCCAUCCAUGCCGGAGUACGACACGGACUCUCCCCUCAACGAGACUGACACCACCAUCACGGUCAUGCUGAAGCCUGCUCAGUCCCGGGGAGCACCUGUCAGUGUCUACCAGCUGGUUGUCAAGGAGGAGAAGCUGCAGAAAGCCCGGAGAGCUGCAGACAUCAUCGAGUGCUUCUCUGUGCCUGUGAGCUACAAGAACGCCUCCAGUCUGGACUCCCCACACUACUUUGCAGCCGAGCUGAAGCCCAUCAACCUCCCUGUCACACAGCCCUUCACCGUGGGCGACAACAAGACCUACAAUGGCUACUGGAAUGCUCCUCUUUCCCCCCUGAAAAGCUACAGCAUAUACUUCCAGGCUCUUAGCAAGGCCAAUGGAGAAACAAAAAUCAACUGUGUCCGGCUGGCAACAAAAGGAGCUUCCACCCAGAAUUCCAACGCAGUGGAACCCGAAAAGCAAGUUGACAGCACGGUGAAAAUGGCUGGAGUUAUAGCUGGUCUCCUGAUGUUUGUUAUUAUCCUCUUGGGAGCAAUGCUUACCAUCAAAAGAAGAAGAAAUGCAUAUUCCUACUCCUAUUACUUGCAUUCAAGCCAAUGUUUUAGGGGCCUCUCUGUCUUCUACAGGACCAGGAAGCUAGCCAAGAAGCAGAAGGAGACUCAGACCAGCACGCAGAGGGAGAUGGGUCCUGUGGCUACUUCUGACAAGACCUCCACCAAACUCAGUGCUGUUCACAAUGAAGAAGCUUUUUCUUCCAGCUGCCAAGAUGUUAAUGGAUUCAUUUCAUCAGACACCGUGCCAUCGACCACGCUCUUAGACAGCAGCCACGGCGAGCUGGCCCAGCCAACGCUGACCAUCCAGACGCACCCGUACCGCAGCUGCGAGCCCGUGGAGAUGUCCUACCCCCGGGGACAGUUCCAGCCCGCCAUCCGAGUGGCAGACCUGCUGCAGCACAUCACCCAGAUGAAGAGGGGACAGGGCUAUGGCUUCAAGGAGGAGUAUGAGGCACUCCCCGAGGGGCAGACGGCGUCCUGGGAUACGGCCAAGGAGGACGAGAACCGCAACAAGAACAGAUAUGGAAACAUAAUCUCCUAUGAUCAUUCAAGAGUGAGAUUGCAGCUGCUGGAUGGGGACCCUCACUCUGACUACAUCAACGCCAAUUACAUCGACGGGUACCAUCGGCCUCGCCAUUACAUUGCAACUCAAGGGCCGAUGCAAGAGACAGUGAAGGAUUUCUGGAGAAUGAUUUGGCAAGAAAACUCUGCGAGUGUUGUCAUGGUCACCAACCUGGUGGAAGUGGGCAGGGUGAAGUGUGUUCGAUACUGGCCAGAUGACACAGAAGUCUAUGGAGAUAUUAAAGUCACAUUAAUUGAGACAGAGCCAUUGGCAGAGUAUGUCAUACGUACCUUCACUGUCCAAAAGAAAGGCUACCAUGAGAUCCGAGAGAUUCGGCAGUUCCACUUCACCAGCUGGCCGGACCACGGCGUCCCCUGCUACGCCACGGGGCUGCUGGGCUUCGUCCGCCAGGUGAAGUUCCUCAACCCCCCCGAGGCAGGACCCAUCGUGGUGCACUGCAGUGCUGGGGCAGGGAGGACAGGGUGUUUUAUUGCCAUCGACAUCAUGCUGGACAUGGCAGAGAACGAGGGCGUGGUGGAUAUAUUCAACUGCGUGCGAGAGCUGCGCUCCCAGAGGGUCAAUUUGGUGCAGACAGAGGAGCAGUACGUGUUUGUCCAUGAUGCCAUUUUGGAGGCAUGUCUCUGUGGCAACACAGCCAUUCCAGUCUGUGAGUUCAGAUCCAUAUAUUACAACAUCAGCAGGCUGGAUCCACAGACCAAUUCCAGCCAGAUAAAAGAUGAGUUUCAGACCCUGAACAUCGUGACGCCGCGGGUGCGGCCGGAGGACUGCAGCAUCGGGCUGCUGCCCCGCAACCACGACAAGAACCGCUGCAUGGACGUGCUGCCGCUGGACCGCUGCCUGCCCUUCCUCAUCUCCGUGGAUGGGGAGUCCAGCAACUACAUCAAUGCUGCACUCAUGGAUAGCCACAAGCAACCUGCUGCCUUCAUUGUCACCCAGCACCCCUUGCCCAACACCAUCGCAGAUUUCUGGAGGCUGGUGUUUGAUUACAACUGCUCCUCCGUGGUGAUGCUCAACGAGAUGGAUGCAGCACAGCUCUGCAUGCAGUACUGGCCAGAGAAGACGUCCUGUUGUUACGGCCCAAUCCAAGUGGAGUUUGUUUCAGCAGACAUUGAUGAAGAUAUCAUCAACCGGAUAUUCCGGAUUUGCAACAUGGCCAGGCCGCAGGACGGGUACCGCAUCGUGCAGCACCUGCAGUACAUCGGCUGGCCGGCCUACAGGGACACCCCUCCCUCCAAACGCUCCCUGCUGAAGGUGGUCAGGAGGCUGGAGAAGUGGCAGGAGCAGUACGAUGGCAGAGACGGGCGCACUGUGGUCCACUGCCUGAAUGGUGGAGGACGCAGCGGCACCUUCUGUGCCAUCUGCAGCGUGUGUGAAAUGAUCCAACAGCAAAACAUCAUCGACGUGUUCCACAUAGUGAAAACACUACGGAAUAACAAAUCCAACAUGGUGGAGUCACUGGAACAGUAUAAAUUUGUAUACGAGGUUGCACUGGAAUACUUGAGUUCCUUUUAGCCCGGCAAAGGGAGGGGACCCCACGAUGUGCCAGACCCCAAACUCUGGCGGAUGCUUCUCCCCUGCCCCGCACUGGAAGGCAGUAACAAGAGUGGGAAGGAAAACUUCUCCUUCCUUCUCAGCAAGAGACUGAGGUUGCAGAGACCUCGCUGGAAGGAGGAGACGAUGCCUGUGUGUGCUGCUGCCUGCUUUCUAUCGGAACAUCUACUGCUUCUUAAAUAACUUACUGUAAAAAUUAGCAAAAUGGGAGACAGGCUGAAAGACUGGACUUUCUAAUCCCCUCUGACUUCUCUUUUGGAUUGUGUUUUUGUUCUGCUUGCUGCAGAGUGGGGAAGGAAUGAAACCCUUAGGAAAUUCUCUUUUAAAUGUCUCCUUUUUAAUUUAUAAUUUUGUUCUCAAAUCCCAGCCUUUUAAUUUUUUAAUUUCAUGCAGCAGUCAUUUGGGAAAAAUGAGAUAGCCAUAGGGGAUACAUGAAAUGUUUCAUUACAAUUUGUCUACCUUAUCUGUUUCCUUUUAUUUGUUUUUCCAAAUGAAAAG